GAAAUUUAUGCGAAUGGCGUCUGAGGGAAACUUUUUUGUGCAGAUGUUUUCCUAAUUUCUAAAGCCAUGUAUCACAAAGGAGGAGAUGGAAAGCCUCGGGGGUUCGGAUUUUCAGGAUUUGCACUUGGCGGCAAGAAACCAGAUGAAGUUGACCCUACUAAACCUGUGUCUGGUAUGGCUGGGAUGCCAAGCAAUGCUGGUGGCAGGUUCAUGCCUGGACGAUCAUUUGGAUAUAGUACUAACAUAGGGAAGCGGAGAGCCAGAAAUGAAGACGAGUAUUUUGAUGACGAUGAUGAAGAAGGUGACUUGGAGUACCAGCCUGCCCCUGGAAGUCCUGGUGCUGAGGACAAAAACAAAGAUGGAAGUGACAGUGACGAUCCUUUGGAUGCCUUCAUGGCAGAUAUUGAGGCAGAAGUAAUAGAAAAGAGCAAAGAAGGUAAAGACCACAAAGAAAAGUCCAAGGAAAAGAAAAAGGACAGAGGUGUGAGAGACGACAUUGAGAAUGAAGAUGUCCAGGAAGCGUUUUUCCGCUACAUGGAGGAAAACCCCAUGGCUGGUGUGAUCCUUGAUGAGGAUGAGUCAGGAAUUGAAUAUGAUGCUGACGGGAACCCUAUUAUACCAGAGAAAAACAAGAUGAUUGAUCCUCUGCCCCCUAUUGACCAUACAGAUAUUGACUACAAAAAGUUUGAAAAGAAUUUCUACCAGGAACAUGAGGAGAUUUCUAAACUAACACAGAAUCAGGUUGAUGAACUACGAAAUAAAUUGGGCAUCAGGGUAUCUGGGUUUUCCCCUCCGAAUCCGACAACCAGCUUCGCACACUUUGGCUUUGAUAAUGAACUGUUGACAGUGAUCAGAAAGUCUGAAUACACACAGCCCACGCCCAUUCAGGCUCAGGGGGUGCCCAUCAUCCUGAACGGCCGAGAUAUCAUUGGAUUAGCUAAGACUGGUAGUGGAAAGACUGCCACAUAUCUGUGGCCCCUUCUUGUACACAUUAUGGACCAGAAGGAACUGGAGCCUGGGGAUGGACCUAUAGGGCUGAUAUUGGCCCCUACUAGGGAACUGUCGCAACAGAUUUACCAUGAGGCCAAGAAAUUUGGGAAAGUGUACAAUAUCAAUGUAGUGUGUGCCUAUGGAGGAGGCAACAUGUAUGAACAGACGAAGGCAUGUCAGGAGGGGGCGGAGAUCAUUGUAGCCACACCUGGUCGUUUAAUAGACCUGGUGAAGAAGAAGGCUACCAAUCUCCAGCGUGUGACUUACCUGGUAUACGAUGAAGCUGACCGCAUGUUUGACAUGGGCUUUGAGCCACAAGUCAGGUCUAUAGCUAACCAUGUGAGGAAGGACCGACAAUCAUUACUCUUCAGUGCCACAUUCAAGAAAAAGGUAGAGCGCUUGGCUAGAGACAUACUUCUGGAUCCUGUACGAGUGGUCCAGGGGGAAGCAGGGGAGGCAAAUGAGGACGUGACCCAGUAUGUGGAGGUGAUGCCUGCUGGACCGGCCAAGUGGACGUGGCUCAUCAAAAACCUUGUUAGAUUUACCUCAAUUGGUAGUGUGCUGAUAUUUGUCACCCGGAAAUCCAACUCGGAGGAAUUAGCAACAAAUUUACGGACGAGGGACUUUUCAUUGGGCCUCCUCCAUGGUGAUAUGGGACAAGUGGAGAGGAACGAGAUCAUUACAGCAUUCAAACGCAAGGAGAUGCCCAUCCUUGUAGCCACAGAUGUAGCAGCUCGAGGUCUGGACAUUCCAUACAUCAGGACGGUGGUGAACUACGAUGUAGCUCGGGACAUAGAUACCCAUACACACAGGAUAGGUCGAACAGGCCGAGCAGGUGAGAAGGGUUUUGCCUAUACCCUGCUGACCGAGAAGGACAAAGACUUUGCUGGGCCUCUGGUGAGGAACAUGGAGGUAGCUAACCAGUAUGUACCUAAAUCCUUGAUGGACCUGGCAAUGCAGAAUCCAUGGUUCAGUAAAAGUAGAUUCAAGCAAGGAAAGGGGAAGAAACUGAACGUGGGCGGAAAAGGACUUGGUUUCAAAGAGAGGCCAGGAUUAGGGGCAGAUUCGAGUACCAGGACCCAGGAUUCCACCAGUAUGGCUAGUUUCCGAGGAGUUGGGACGUCAGCUGGUCCUCAGAGUGACCGUAUGUCUGCCAUGAAACAAGCCUUCUCUGCUCAGUUCAGAUCUAACUUUGUGGCAGCUGCUGACAGUAUCGUACCACAGAAGACUGGUCAUAUCCUAGAACCAAUCAAUGCAACAAAAAAUCCUGUUCCAUCCCAAGAAUCCUCGGAGGAACCCAACAACAAACGUAAAAAACGGUCACGUUGGGACUGAUAAACAAACUGACUCGUUAAAGACUACCGUUAAUGUAUUACAUGUCAAGGAGUUCAACAUCUGACGAGCUGUUCUAGUCCAAAGGAGGUUGAUGACUGGUUAUCAGUGAAAAGGUCGAUAGGUCAUGACCUCUGUUGGGAGACUUGAUACCAACAGACCCAAGCCUUUCUGACACCUGAUGACAUUUGAAAGGAAAAUUGGAUCUGUGAAAUGUUUCGGGGAAGACUAGACACAUUUGCUAGCUUCGCUGCACGUCAGUCAUUGGAUGUGACAAUCGUUGUGUUAGAGGUGUCCAGAACUGGAGACCCUAUACUGUGUCUUGAUACAAUAUCAACCUUACUGAGAGUUUCAUGAGUUUCUUCAGAAUACUUAUGUACGAUAUGGACUUAAGAAUCGUUGAUAGAUAGACUUAUGUACGAUAUGGACUUAAGAAUCGUUGAUAGAUAGAUGAUAUAUCUAUGGUGAUAGUUCAUGGAAUUUUUAGUUUUGAUACUUUAAAAUUUAAUGACUGGUCAAACAUUUAAUUGAAAAGGUUGUUGCCCUUUGAUACGAAAACUGUAAGAAAAUUUUACUGUCAGCAGUAUUAUGUGAAAUUUCAAUGAAAUUGAAAGCACUGAACGGAUUCAUGAAGACAAAACUACCUGGUAGAUUUUAUCAGGUCCAUUUAAAAAAAACAAAAAUUCUAACAUGAAAUGUAUAUAUACAAUAAUGUAUUUUUAUUCAAUUGUCUUUAGAUGUAUUUAAUAUAGUGCCAUUCAAUUGAAAUAAAAUUUAUAUUGUUAUAAAAGUGAAAGACUUCACCUAGUAGUUACCAUACCUGUGAAAUUAUUUUAAAAGUCUGCAUGCUGUGCCCCGAGUUAAAUCCCCUAAACUUCAUCUUAAAAUCAGCAGAUCUUCAAUGUUCCUACCGUAAUUGUGAGUUGUACUGUUAUAAAAAGAGACAUAUCGAGUGUCAUUGUAAAAUCUUUUCUGCCCCAGCUAGAUAUGUUUAUGUGUCCCAGUAGGGUAUUGACAGUUUGUGAUUGUCGUUGUGGUAGACAUUUUAGUGUUAGGUCAUCAGAGGUAUGUGUGAGUUGUGUUUGAAAGUAAAAUAAUCUGUGCAAUACUACCAGUAAGAUGUUUCAGAUUUAUAUAUGUGGUGUAUGGAUUUUAUUGGUCCGAAUAUUUUCAUAAUAUUGCAAGAAUAUCUUAUAUUUAAAAAUCUCUGAUAUUUGAGAGAUUGACCUGAUCAUGUAAUGUUCAACUUUCAUUGCCCUAUUAGAAGUACUGUUUGUAAUAUUUAUUUAUAGAAUUUAAGAAUUUUUCCAUGCAAAAUAAAGAUUUUCAAUUAGCAAGAUGACAAAUGGAAAUAUAAAGUUCCUGCUUGUCUUCCUGUACACCAACAAUGUUAGAGGAUUGCAUGGCCUAUUUAUAUAAUUAGUAGAUAUAUAUAUAUAUAUAUAUGUAUGUACUUCAUUACAAUAUUCCUUUAAAAACAAAACAGAGUUAUCCCCCUUUUGUUUGUACAGAGUGGCCUUGCUGUCGGCACAUUCAUGUCAGAUGUUAAAAUGGCCGACUAGCAGCCUGUUAUAGUAGGUAGUUGUAUAGGAGAGAAAACUAGAACAAACUACCACAUGAUGUCCUAUGUAUCACUAUAUUUUACUAUACAAUCAGUAUAUUUUCUUCCUCUUGGAGUCAAUGUCUGGUUUCCGAUACAAAUGUUUUAGAUCAUGAUAAAUCAUCAUUUCAUCAAUGUUGUGAGACUUUUACCAAAAACUAGUACUGGGGUCUGUCUCAGCACUAGUAUAUGUUUUAGGCAUGAAUGGAGGUGUGGAUGUUUAUAAGUUUGUUUGUACAGGUAAUCGUACUCGUGACUUUAUGUAAAUUGUUGGUGUUGAUUGUAUGUACAGGUGGUACAUAUGGUUGUUAACUAGAGCAGCGGAGUAAGAUGGUACAAAUCUGUUUUAAUUUGUAUAUUAUAAAUAUUGAAUCAGACAUUUUCAUUACAACUGUAUUGAUAUAUACUGUUGAUCAUACAUUAAACGAGGAUUAAGUGAGGAUCCUUGUUGAUUAACUUGUAAGAUUUGGAUGGUACAGAGGAAUUCUUGUUCUGAUCAUUGUUUACAUUGAGAACCAAACCCUUGUUUAAAUAAAACUUACAUGAGAUCAGUUUGAAUAAAUCUUAUCUCAGCAUGAAUCAGA